AUGGAGGAGCGGUCGCAGUUGACGCCGAAGCCGUUUUUGACAUCACCGUCGCCUCUCGACAACAAAGAUAUUAACAAUGUCCAGGCAUCAGAGUUCGGUUCUGGCACCUACGUUGUUCGAGUCCCCAGGGAUCAGGUGUAUCGUGUUCCAAACUCGGAAAAUGGUCGCAUCGCCGAGCUCCAUAGAAACUCUCCUCCUAAGGCGGCAAAAACAUCACGUUGUUGCUUGUGUUGCAUAUUAUUCACCUUUGUCUUCUUCAUCCUUCUCAUUCUUCUCGGAGGUGUUUUAGGUGGUCUUUUUUCCAUGUUAAUCUCACCAAAAGACCCUGAGUUUUCCAUUCAACACUUUGAUUUAGUAUCGAACAAAACCCACCCUGAAUAUGACAUCGCUUUUAAAGCCCAUAAUUCAAAUCCAGACGUGGGCAUUUCGUAUAAAGAUAGAAGCCAGGUGACCCUCUCUUUAGAUGGAAGAGAAAUUGCAAAAGGAGAAUACCCUGCUUUGCAUCAAGACCCUAGACAGACAACAUUGCUUGGCGUUGCUUUAAAAGGAUCAAAAACUGUUCUCCCUAAGAAGGUGGAGGAAAGCGUGAAAAGUAAUAAGAAAAAAGUGUCUGUCACGUUCUCCUUAGCCAUUCACUCUCUAGCACGAAUGAAAAUGGGGUUGUUACGUAGCAGGAAAAUGACAUUCAACAUUUCCUGCGAAGUCAAGUUAGAUACGUUGGCCAAUUCCACCAACAUACUCUCUCAACAAUGCCAAACUAAACGACACUAG